GGAGGCGCGCACGCGGGGCCCCAGCCGCGCGCAGCCGCGGUCUCCCUAGUUGUGUCCCUCAGCCGCGGUCGCCGUAGCUCUCGACGCGGUCGUCCCCGCCGAGCCGCGGGCGCCGCCGCAGGGAGGGAGCGGCGCUGCGGCCGCCGCCGUCCGAGGACGCCCCGUAUUCCGGGGCCCGGCACGGUGGCUGCCCGCUCGCCGAGCGCAGCCCGCCUAGGAGGAAGGCGGCGGCUUGCGUCCAGCGGGCCGCCGGAGCCGGGAGGAGACCAUGUCCGUGAGGCGCCCUCAGUUCUCCACGACCGAGCGCGUCAUCAAAGCUGUCCCCUUUCCUCCAACCCGGCGGCUAACUUUGAAGGAAGUUUUUGAGAAUGGGAAACCUAAAAUGGAUCUUUUGAAAAACCAUUUAGUAAAAGAAGGUCGGGUGGAAGAGGAGGUGGCCUUAAAGAUCAUCAAUGAUGGGGCUGCCAUCCUGAAGCAGGAGAAGACCAUGAUAGAGGUGGAGGCUCCGAUCACAGUGUGUGGUGAUGUUCAUGGACAAUUCUUUGACCUGAUGAAGUUGUUUGAAGUUGGGGGAUCACCUAAUAAUACUCGCUACCUCUUCCUGGGUGACUAUGUGGACAGAGGCUAUUUCAGUAUAGAGUGUGUGCUGUAUCUAUGGAGCUUAAAGAUUAACCAUCCUAAAACAUUGUUUCUGCUUCGAGGAAAUCAUGAAUGCAGGCAUCUUACAGAGUACUUCACCUUCAAACAGGAAUGUCGGAUCAAGUAUUCAGAGAUGGUGUACGAUGCGUGCAUGCACACUUUCGACUGUCUUCCUCUUGCUGCCCUCUUAAACCAGCAGUUUCUCUGUGUACAUGGAGGAAUGUCUCCUGAAAUUACUUGUUUAGAGGACAUUAGGAAAUUAGAUAGGUUUUCUGAGCCUCCUGCUUUUGGGCCAGUGUGUGACCUGCUGUGGUCUGAUCCCUUAGAGGACUACGGCAGCGAGAAGACCCUGGAGCACUAUACCCACAACACUGUCCGAGGCUGCUCCUACUUCUUCAGUUACCCUGCAGUUUGUGAAUUUUUACAGAACAACAGUUUACUUUCAAUAAUCAGAGCCCAUGAAGCCCAGGAUGCGGGGUACCGAAUGUAUAGGAAGAACCAAGCAACUGGCUUUCCGUCACUUAUUACGAUUUUCUCUGCCCCUAAUUACCUAGAUGUCUAUAACAAUAAAGCUGCAGUGUUGAAGUAUGAAAACAAUGUCAUGAACAUCAGGCAGUUCAACUGUUCUCCACACCCAUACUGGCUCCCAAACUUUAUGGAUGUUUUCACGUGGUCUUUGCCUUUUGUUGGAGAGAAAGUGACAGAGAUGCUGGUCAAUAUUCUCAACAUAUGCUCGGAUGAAGAAAUGAACGUAACCGAUGAAGAAGGAGCUACUACAGGUCGAAAAGAAGUCAUCAAGAAUAAAAUCCGAGCCAUUGGGAAAAUGGCCCGGGUCUUUACGGUUCUUCGGGAAGAGAGUGAGAAUGUGCUGACCCUCAAGGGCCUCACUCCCACAGGCACACUCCCACUGGGGGUCCUCUCUGGAGGAAAGCAGACCAUUGAGACUGACAAUUUAUUUCACCAAAGAAGAUGUGAAGAUGGCCAGCAAACAUGUAUGAAGAUGCCCAGCAUAGUUACUCUCCUGGAAGAUGAAUAUGAAAGCAUAGUGAACCACUUCUGCAUACCCAUAAGAAUGGCUGGAAUGUAGAAAUCUGACAAGGUCAAGAGUUGGUGUGUCUAUGGAGGCCUGGACUAGAAGUAGGCUAGUGGGCUUACAGAUAGACUCAACACAUUGGCCAGCCGGUAGCCAAUAAAGCUGAAGACACUUGGACCUAUACCCUGCAACUCCACACCAAGGAUAUCCAAGAGGAAUUAGCAUGCAUGUCCACCCGAGGAUAUGCAUAAGCAUGUUUGUUUACUGUGGUUUUAUCAUGGUAGCUCCAGAUCAGAAGCAGCUCCCCUGCCUGUUGGUAGUGAAUAAGUUAUAUUAUAUUGAUACAGUGGGCUACUGCUCACCCACUGGACCUGUUGCAUUGAGGUCAAAGCACAAGCUUAGCUCCUGUCCAUCAGUAAGAAAGAGUGUCAUUCUGAAAGCCAGUGAUAUUCUUGAAGAGUUCCACAUGCUUUGGAAAUAACAUAUAAGUAAUCCCUAAUUAAAGCACUGAUUCAAACCAAAAAUAAAGAGACAUAAAAUAUACUGGGGCCAAGCCCAAAAAGGAGUGAAGAAACUAUAUAUGUGUGUAUAUAUAUCCCAAGUUACUACACCUAUAAAAUUCUCUUGCUACCUUUGAUUUGUAGAUUUGCUCCUAUGAGAUCUAGCAAAAAAAUUAUAUUAAAGCAACUUUGUGGAUCAAUAAAUUUUUAAAACUUCAAGUAAGGAAGAUAGGUAGACAUUUCUCUUUUUUUCUUAAUCCAUGUUACUUCCUAUUAACCUAAAACACCCUCAUCAGAACUGUUCACAGAAAAUCUCAUAUGACUAAUUAACAAGUAAAAUAAAAGUAGUUAAGUAUCUUA